GUGUGUGUGUGUGUGUGUGUGUUUUUUUUUCCUCUUUCUUUCCCAAGGGGGUCAUCAUUUGAAGACAUGGAUGACAUCAAGAAGAUCCCGGAAGAAUCUUCCCAAGAAUAUAUCAAAUCAUGUCAAAAAAGGCCAAGUGUUUUGUGGUUGCUCGUCUGCGUGCCCUGCGAUUGGCCGGCGACCUGUUCAGGGUGUACCCAGCCUACUGCCCGAAGACGGCUGGGAAAGGCUCCAGCAUGCCCCGCGACCCUUGUGAGGAGAAAUCAGAAAAUUGAUGGAUGGAUAAAAAGACACCAUUUCAGCUUGUUGUUCAAGUCGGCGAAUGUGCUUGUGUCGACCUCGGGAACGCUUACCAUGGAACCGGAGGGGAACAACCGGCUCCUGCAAGACGUGCUGGCCAGACCGGACAACGAGACGUGCGCGGACUGCGGAAACCCAGAGCCAGACUGGGCAUCACUGACACUGGGUGUGUUUGUUUGCCAGGCCUGCUCGCUCCUUCAUCGCGGCAUCCCGCACAUCAGCAGGGUCAAGUCGAUUCAGGACACGUGGGAAGCCAGCGAUGUGGAGCUUCUAGCAGAUUUGGGAAACAAUGUCGCUAAGGCCAAAUAUGAGCAGAAUGUUCCGGCUUUCUACUACAGACCAACGCACACUGACUGCAAGAUGCUAAGGGAGCAAUGGAUCCGAGCCAAGUACGAGAGGAAUGAAUUUGAGUUCAUCGAGAAGCAAGAACCUUACACUGCAGGAUACCGUGAGGGGUUUCUAUGGAAACGAGGACGAGACAACGGUCAGUUUCUCAGCCGAAAGUUCAUCUUGUCCGAGAGGGAGGGGGCCCUCAAAUACUUCAACAAGCAGGAUGCUAGGGAUCCCAAGGCAGUUAUGAAAAUCGAAACGCUCAACGCCACCUUCCAACCGGCCAAGAUUGGCAACCCCUGCGGCCUGCAGAUCACCUACCUGAAAGACAACAGCACAAGGAACAUCUUUGUCUACCACAGCGACCCUAAGGAAAUGGUCGACUGGUUCAAUGCAAUCAGAGCGGCAAGGUUCCACUACCUCCAAGUGGCCUUCCCUGGAGCAAGUAAUGAGGAGCUGGUGCCGAAAUUGACCCGAAACUUCAUGAAGGAAGGCUUCAUGGAGAAAACAGGCCCAAAGCACACAGAGGGCUUCAAGAAGAGGUGGUUCACUAUGGACGACCGACGACUGAUGUAUUUUAAAGACCCCUUGGACGCCUACGCUCGCGGCGAAGUGUUCAUCGGCAGUAAGGAGAACAGUUACACCGUUUUGCCUGGCCUGCCCUCAACCAUUCAAGGCUACCACUGGAAUCACGGCAUCACUAUCGUCACGCCAGACAGGAAGUUCCUGUUUGCCUGCGAGACUGAGGCUGAGCAACGAGACUGGAUCGCGGCCUUUCAGAGAGUCAUGAAUCGACCGAUGAGGCCCCAGGAAUACGCAGUGGAGGCUCAUUUUAAACACAAACCUUGAGGCCUUAGAAAAAAGCAAGACCGCAGCAGGAUUUGACCUGGUCACUUUGGGAUCAAAAACAGACCACGGACUGUGGCUUGAGGCAAGGGGUGGGCGUUUCCAGAAGUGGGUUGACCACCAUGAGGAAAGAUAAGUCACACAAGGCAGGUUGACAUCAUUGAACCCGUUAUGUAGAAAACGAACAUGGGACUCAAUGCUCCUUCAGCUGAUGUGAGGACAAAGAGUUUUUUUUGCAGGAACCUGUGGGAGACAUGUCGUCCCUGUCCUGGAAUUUUGUCUUGUGAAUGGUUUCACCUCCCUCAACUCUCAUGUCAUGAAUUGAUAUUUACCCAGGUUGAAUCAUAUUGCAUUGUUGAUUUAUCGACUGUAGGGUGUGUGUGUGUGCGUGUAUGUGGGUACAUUUUGAAAUGAGUUGGAAACCAUGCUAAACCUAUAUCUGCAAAGUACUGUUGAUCACAAAUAUGCAUUCAAAACACAAAUUCUCAGUGACUGGUCGCUUUUUAACAUAGCUGCGGGAAAGUUCUUUUUAAGCCUAUCCAGUAUAUGACAGCUGUUGCCUUUGUUUGUUCUCUUGAACUCAUUGUGAAACUGUUACUGAUGCGUUGAAGGAUUGUAAUGUGAUGGGACUGUGUUUACGAGUGUUUUAUUUAUUUGCCCUUUUUUAAACGAUGAUGAUCAUUUAAUCACAGUAAUUGUUUGUUUUACUAUAAAAACCUAAUACAUAUGAACGUGUAAUGUGUUUGUUGUCUGUGUACACUCCUAAAAAAACUUUGUUGUUGGCUUUUCAGUCAGCUUUCUCAGUCA